UUCUCGUGUACUAUUUACGUUUUCACUGACAGCCGCUGUCAAAGCCGUGGUUACAUGUGCGUCUCUCCGGCUGCGUGCCGCUGUUACUUCACCGACCUCAGUUCAGAUUUCUCCCAUUAUAUCCACCUCGGUCUCGAUUUCUUUUCGUGGGAAAGUGCCGCAAUGCUGCAAAGUUGAUCUUGGUUUCGGUGUCACGUCCGAGAGUGCUUGGUCCAGUCAGUUUUCGCGAUUGCCGGUGCGAAUCUUGCUCGCCAGUUCCGACAGGAAUUCCAACUUCUCCGUGACAAGUUGUGUGAAAAGUGAAAAAAACGUUCUCACACUUUAGAGCCGGAUUACAGUGGAGUUUGCGGUUGGGGCGAGUCUGCCGCGAUGAGUGGCUUCUGUCUGGAGGGGCACGGGGAGGAGGUGUGUAGACCAGAACCAGAAGCAGAACGGGCUCGGGAACUCGGGCAGGCGGAAGACCAGGUUGCUGAAUGCGAGAAGUCUUUAGCAGACCACGCAGCCUUAUGUGCGGCCACCGAUCGAGCGCUGCGUGAUUUACUGGCUGCGGACAAGUACUUGGCGGAUAUUCCGUUCGAUAUCUCACACGAGGAAGUUCAAGACCAGAUUGCUGUGCUCAAAGGGCAGUCGAUCACGGUGCACGUGAAGCGGGAGGCGCUCCCCACGUUGCGGGUUAUAGUACCGCAAUCUACGGCGACAGUUCUAGACUUAAACCGAGCGAUCCGGCGAACCUUUGAUCUCCACCAGAAACGCCGACGUCGUAAGCGCGAACUGAAAAGCUCCUCAAGUCGAUCGCUGCAGCCAGACUAUGAGCUCGGCGUGAACAUAUCGUGGAGGUACAUUUGGCGGACGUAUCUUCUGGUGCUGGACAACUGUGGUGAGCCAGCAGAACCUCUCCUCGACGACCAGCAGUUGCUGUCCAGCUACGGCGUGGGGAACAAAUCUGUUCUGCGGUUCGUGAAGCGCGUGAAGAUUGAGCGCAAGAGGAGCUUUCGAUGAUCGAAGGGAGCACGCACCCACCCUGAUUCAGUUC